UCCCGCGCCCGCUCCGAAGGCUCCCGCGCUUCCGGCCAACGUUCCAUCCGGCGCGGAGGCGGGCGCUGAUUGGCUGCGCCGCGCCGGGCUGGAUACAAUGUAGCCGCGCUGCAGGGCUUUGGCCAUGGAGCCGGGCAGCAUCGAUAACUUGUCCAUCCUGUACCAGAGCUCCGACUUCAUCGUGGUUAACAAGCACUGGGACAUCCGCAUCGACAGCAAGAUGUGGUACGAGAAGCUGACCCUGCAGAGCCAGCUGAAGUACCGCUUCCCCGAGCUCGCCGACCCAGACACCUACUAUGGCUUUAGGUUUUGCCACCAGCUGGACUUCUCCACCAGCGGUGCGCUCUGUGUAGCCCUCAACAAGGCGGCGGCUGGGAGCGCCUACAAGUGCUUUAAGGAGCAGAUGGUGACCAAGGCAUACCUCGCCCUGGUCAGGGGCCAUGUGAGUGAAAGCAGGGUGACGAUCCGUUACGCCAUAGGGAAGAACACGACAGAAGGCCUGACCCACAUGAUGUGCAUCGAAGGGACGAUGGGCUGUGAAAACCCGAAGCCUUGCCAGUCCGAGCUCGUUGUUCUCGAGCAUGGGACGUACAGCGGUGACCCAGUGACCAAAGUGCUGCUGCAGCCCCUGACAGGGCGGACGCACCAGCUCCGGGUUCACUGCAGUGCCAUCGGACACGCCAUCGUGGGAGACUUCACCUACAGCUUCAAGAAGGACAGCAACCCGUACAGAAUGAUGCUACACGCCUACUACCUGCGCAUCCCCACCAAGCAGGAGCUCAUUGAGGUCUGCGCGCCCGACCCCUUCGUCACCGCCAUGGACAGCCAUUGGGUCCCUCACCGCACCGUGCACCAGCUGGACGAGGUGAUCCAGGAACUGAAGGACAAGGCCAGCCAGGCAGGGGACGAGGAGGGGAGCCAGGAAGCCGUGCUGAGGGAUGGAGGAGAGGAGAGGCUGAGCCCAGCCCAGAGUCCAGAGACAGAGGAGCAGCAAGCCAAGUGCGAGCAGUGGCUGGCAGAGUGGGCGCUGGAAUGAGAGCUGCCCUUGCUGAUGCCUUGCAAACCCACACCUCCAUUUUUAAUCCCUGCAGGCCCUGCCCAACCCCGCUGUCCCCCCAGAACCCAGCGCUGCCGCCACAUUUGCACUUUCCUAGGCUGUGUUUUCGUAGCCUGAAUCUUCCACGGAUUCAAGUCUGGGACUGAACUCUGAUGCAUUUGAGCACCCGCAAGGAUUUCUUUCCAAUGCAUCGGCCCAACCCCUGCCUCUGCCUGCACCUUCCGUAGUCGGUGCCAAAGCCACGUGGUUUCACCCUCGCGUGUCAGAAAAUCGGUAGGACCCCCUUCCUAUAGCAGUCUUCGUUAGCAUCAGCUGUUAGGUGGGCCUCAGCAAACCUGAUGCUGUGACCCAUCUAGUGCAGGAAGUGAGGGAGGUUCCCCCAGACCCUCAGUCCUGGAAGGAGGCUGAGAUGCAGCCUAGCUCAAGAGCAUCCCUGAUUGGGAGCGGGGUAAAACUGUCUGGUAGGACCUGCUUUGCUUUCCCACUUCCCCCUGCCCCUCGUUCCCAGCUCUUGAGGAAUCACCUGGGCACUGUGUCCCAUUGACUCUGAUGAUCGUCCAGUGCAGGGGAUGAAGAAGUGGCACUCGCUGUGUUUCCUGAAUAAGGGUGAAGGGAUGUGACAGCCAAGGGCUUUGUUACAGGGUCAUGAGGUGUUAAAACCGAGCUGCUUGCAGGGCCCCUCCAAGGGAACGGCGCACUCGGAGCACUUGGCCUUGCUGUUUUCCUUGCUGCAUUUUGUCCGCUUGUCACUUUAAAAGGUUUUAUGGAAAACUGAGUUAAUGAACACUGAGGGAUUUUACAUUUUUUAGAGAAGUUUGACAAGGAACGCAGCCUUGUGGUGAUUCUGCAAUGCCGUCGGUCUCAAGCCUUUCUACAUUUCUAGCCUGUUUUGCCCCUAGCAGGUUAACAACGUCCAAGAUCCCAAAGCUUUUCUCUCUUGAAAGAGCUGUUUUAUUACCCCCUCUUCUAUCCAUCCUUUUCUAACUCUGGUUUUUAGUUUUUGACGGCAUUCCAGGUAAUUCUUAGCUGAACAUAACCCUGAAGUGAAUUAAAAGCAGUCAGCGUAUCCUACUGCCUGGAGCCCCCUUCGACAGGGCGCUGCAUGUCUUUCAUCACUAGAUGGUGCCCUGGCAGCUCUUGUGAUCACACCAGCUUUGGACGGCAGCGGUGGGACCCGAGGAAGCCACACAACCUAAAGGGAUGUGAAGGAGCAGAUGCAAACCGGGAUAGAAAGGAAGAUCCGGCUGGGAGCUGGAAUUCAGCAAGAAUCAAGGAAGCCUUUGUGGGAACUUCUUUGCUUUGUGAAGCUGUUUCACUCCUUUAAGGCUGUCUGGCCCAUUCAAGUCUUCAUCCUGCCCGGCUGUUGUUUUAAAUAACAGGAUGACAAAGUUUUAAUGGCGUUGAGCACUGCAGUUUGUAGGUUUUUGGGACCAUAGACUGUGGCAGCACAUGCAGCCCUGUUGUGACUCGGCUCUCUUAGGUAUUUUCAUAGCAAAGCUCCCUGUACCAUACCAGGGACUGAGCAGCUGCAUCAGCGCAUGCCUUUAGUGCCCCUUAAUCCCCAGGCUGUUGUGCAUCUAAUGCGAUGCAUGCUCCCAUGCUUGAGAAAAUCCACCUCUAGCCUCCGAUGACUGAUGAGAAACCCCCCCGUGGUUCUGCCUGGCUUGCUUUGGCUGCAAGCUUGUAUGUCUGCCCCUCUGCGUGAGUUGAGGUCACGUGUUUACAUGGGUGCAUCUUCAAAGAUGGUCUCGCUGGAGCGUGUAGCAGGCAGGGAUGCUUGUUCUAGGCACAGCUGUUUGUGCGUCUCUUGGUUUCUGUUGCACUCAGACCAACACAUGCCCCUUGAGAGGGAGAUGAGCAGGCUGGGGGGUGGAUGGAAACAAUACACGUGUGUUCCUGCAGUGUCCAGUCUGCAGUAGGCUAUGGACUAGUCCUUGAGAUAGUAGCUCAUCGUUGGAGCUCCUGAUACAUAGAUGGGAGUCUCCUGUUUGCUGCUUAAUGUUCAGCACUUGGUGUAUGUGUCCCAUGGGCUAAAGGCCUGAUAAAACCAGAGGGAUCAUUGCUUUUGCAGGAG